AUGGGUUUGCCUUGGUAUCGUGUUCAUACCGUUGUAUUGAAUGAUCCCGGUCGUUUGCUUUCUGUUCAUAUAAUGCAUACAGCUCUAGUUGCUGGUUGGGCCGGUUCAAUGGCCCUAUACGAAUUAGCAGUUUUUGAUCCCUCUGAUCCUGUUCUUGAUCCAAUGUGGAGACAAGGUAUGUUCGUUAUACCCUUCAUGACUCGUUUAGGAAUAACCAAUUCAUGGGGGGGUUGGAGUAUCACAGGAGGGACUAUAACGAAUCCGGGUAUUUGGAGUUACGAAGGUGUAGCCGGAGCACAUAUUGUGUUUUCUGGAUUGUGCUCUGGCCACCUUCUCUUAUAA